AUGUAUAUUACUGUGUUGGGACGUAAACUAUUCGUGCCACUGAUCAAAUCAUCACCAUCGAUUUUGUCAUCUUGUCUUAUUCUCCAAAUUCUUCAUAUCGUUGAAGCCUUAGGAUUAUUAUUUACCUCUUUUGGAGUUGCUGUUAUCGUUCGCGAUCUAAACAGAAUGUCCCGAUUCCACACAAAUCUUACUAGAAUUGUUCAGGCAUUUUUUCUCUGUUUCUACAUUGGACUAGCAGGGCGUAUCGUUAUACUUAUCUAUCAGUUUGGAAUGCUUGACGUUGAAGAAAAUACUACUCAUUCCAUACUUCUGCUCAUCGGAUCCACGUUACGCGUAUGGUUUACGAAUGCAGGCGGUGCUUUGCUGCCAAGUAUGAUUAUUGAACGAGCCUUUGCAUCGAAAUAUAUCAGUGACUAUGAAAAAGUUGCUAGACCGUGGAUCUAUUUCAUGAUUAUAUUGUUGGCCAAUAUUUUGCCCCUCUACUUCUCUAUCACUGAAACACUAGGUUUCUACACUUUCGAAACGAUAGCGAUCACAACAGCAGUUAUAAUUGGUGCAAGUGCUUUGGUGUAUACUUAUCUAUUUCGUCGUGACUUUGUUAAACUACGCGAAAUUAAUCGUGGAGAUGGAAAGAACUCGAUGGUUCGCUAUACUUUAAGCAUAAAGUUCCAGUUAAAGGAGAACUUGAGAGUAAUGAAGCUUCUAAUGUAUUUAUCAAUUAUCGACGCUCUAAUUACUGCAAUUAUAUGCCCGUUUUUUAUCCUUGCAACAGUGAUUUUCGACGAACAAUCGCCAUGGGCUCACGUAUGCUACCAAGUGGUGGACGUGUUCGUAAUUUUAUCUGUCGACGUUUUGGUGAUAUUUUUCCUGAGGACGCUCGGUAUAUCCUCUCGCUGGCUGAAGAUUUUCAUGUUUCUGAAACCUGCACCAACGACGUUGACCGAUGAACACAAAGGAGCAGCGCAACAAUACUUUAAUCAGCUAACAGCUGCAUGGAAAUGA